CGGGCAGGGGCGGUCAGGCAGCGCGCCGGGCAGCCCUCGGCCAGAGAUUAUGGCUGCGGCGCUGGGGGCGCGAGGGGCGACGCGGCGUUGGUUCGCGGCUCUGCGGGGCAGGAGCCAGAGCCUCGCGGCCAUGUCAGCAGAUGCUCACUGGUUGACAGCAGAGGAGAGGAACCAAGUUAUACUUGACCUUAAAGCAGCAGGAUGGUCGGAAUUAAGUGAGAGAGAUGCCAUCUACAAAGAAUUCUCUUUCAAAAAUUUUAAUCAGGCAUUUGGCUUUAUGUCCCGAGUUGCCCUACAAGCAGAGAAGAUGAAUCAUCACCCGGAGUGGUUCAAUGUGUACAACAAGGUUCAGAUAACUCUCACAUCACAUGACUGUGGAGGACUGACCAAAAGAGAUGUGAAACUGGCCAAGUUUAUUGAAAAAGCAGCUGCUUCUGUGUGAUUUCUUCCAAAACGAUGUAAAAUCUUAUAUACACAUCUAGCUCCAAUGUCUUAUGUACACAUCUAGCUCCAAUGUAUUUUGAAGGCAAUUUAUCAACACAUGAACAUUAAGCCGUAAAUUUAGUUCACCUUUUGAACGAUCACAUUUUGUAAAAUCAGUGCUUAAAUAAAAAUGAUUUAAACUUGA